AUCACCCACUCCCUUCUCCCAGCUAUUCAUCACCUUUCAAAAUCUCCCUUCUUAUUCCUCCUCUUCUUGCUUUUGUUUCUUCAAGCACUCAGAUCAUGGGGAUGGGGAAAUGCAAGCAUACCUCAAUGUUGAUGUUGGUUUUGGUGGCUGGGUUGCUUUGCCAAAACUUUGCCAUUGUUCCUGUAACGGCUAGAACCAUUGAAGAUGAUAAACACUACUACCCAUCCCCAGACCCACAUGCAAGAAGUCCCCCUACAGGUUCGCACAGCACUCCCCACCAUGGAGGUGGCAGCACUCCCCACCAUGGAGGUGGCAGCACUCCAUCACAUGGAGGUGGCUACGGUGGCACACCACCCAGCCACCCAACCCCAUCAACCCCAUCUCCUGGAAAUUGUGGAACUCCACCGAGCGUGCCCACUCCAUCAAGACCACCAAGUGAUCCUACUCCAACACCAUACACGCCUACACCAUCAACACCACCUAGUGUGCCUACUCCAUCAACACCUUCAAAUCCUCCUCCCAGCGGUGGUGGAUACUACCCCACUCCUCCAAGCACUGGUGGUAGUCCUCCAACACCUGUCAUUGAGACCCCACCGACACCCAUCACUCCAACUCCAAGUACCCCUUACAUUCCCUCGCCUCCGUUCAUUCCUGAUCCAAAUUCACCAUUCACAUGCACUUACUGGAAGAAUCAUCCUGGAAUAAUAUGGGGUCUACUAGGGUGGUGGGGAACCGUAGGCAGCGCAUUUGGAGCGACUAGCUUUUCAGGGUUCGGGGCAAGCAUGAGCUUGCCGCAAGCGCUCUCGAAUACACGAAAUGAUGGGUACGGAACACUCUACAGAGAAGGUACUGCUUCCUUGCUCAACUCAAUGGUGAGCAACAGAUUUCCUUUCACUACAACGCAAGUCAGGGAUAGUUUCGUAACUGCACUUGCCUCCAAUAAGGCUGCAGCUGCUCAGGGAAGCCUCUUUAAGCUCGCCAAUGAAGGCAAACUCAAGCCCAGAAACUAAUUAGUCACCCUUUGAUUUUUCACUUUCUGGAAAUCAUUUUAUGUUAUGGUGUGUGCUUCGUAAUUAGAGAGCUUAUAUGUGUUGGUAACGUCUUCAUAUAGCUACAAUGUUCUUAUUAUUGGUAGUGUUGGGAGAUUUUAAUGCUUAAGUUGAUGUUUUAUUAGUUUUAAA